AUGUCGAGGAUGAAUGCAGAGAAGAAGCUUGGUGCUGGACGUGUGGUCGCUGUGGCCAUUGAGAAUAACAAGACAAGCCAACACGCUGCCAAGUGGGCAGUGGACAAUCUUCUUCCCAAGGACCAAUGUCUCUUACUAAUCCAUGUUAGACAAAGACCCGCUUCAGCGGAUCAUACGCACGAAACUGUGGGCGACAACGAAUCCAAGGAACUCUUUGAAUCAUUUCGAGUCUUCUGCAACAGAAAAAGUAUACAAUGCAGAGAAGUGUUGUUGGACGACAUGGACAUAUCAAAGGCAUUAGUAGAAAUCAUUUCCACACAUUCCAUCGAGCUUCUUGUACUUGGGGCGCCAUCAAGGGGUGGCAUUGUUAGAAGAUUUAGAACAACGGAUGUUCCAAGCUCUGUGUCAAAGGGAGCACCGCCAUUCUGCACAGUGUAUAUAAUUUCUAAAGGAAAAAUCUCAAGCGUGAGAUCUGCUACUGCUCCAUUGCCUCCUAAAGUUGCCGCAACCCCUUUGUUUGGGAAUGGAACACGCCAAACGGUGUUGGAUGACAAUGAUAUCAUAUCGCCGUUCACAAGGGCUGGCAAAUCAUACGAGUCUUCAAAACUUCCUGAUUCUGACAUAUCAUUUGUGAGCAGCGGAAGGCCAAGUAUUGAUCGGUUGUUCCCAACAAUGUACGACGAUUUGGACAGUGCAAGUGGAAUAAGCCCAGGUAGAUUUUCGUGUGGGUCGGAUUAUGACGCCAGAAGCUUUGCUUCUUCCUUGUCCUCGCAAGGACACAAUAGCAUCGAUGACUUCUCCUUCUCGUCGCAAUCAAGGUUAUCAGACUGCACGGAUGACAUGGAAUUGGAGGUGAGGAGGCUGAAGCUGGAACUGAAGCAGACGAUGGAUAUGUACAGCUCAGCCUGCAAGGAAGCUAUGAGUGCAAAGCAGAAGGCAAUGGAGCUUCAACGUUGGAAAGCGGAAGAACAGAAGAAGUUGGAAGAGUCGCAAACGAGUGAAGCCUCUUCCAUACAACUCAUGGAGAUGGAGCAGGAAAAGAUCAGAGCAGAAGCCCUUGAAAAAAUCGCUGCAUUGGAAGCACAGAAGAGAAUGGGCCACAUAGAGAGGAAGAAACCAACUGACACCUUUGGACACGGCCCUGCCAUGUACAGAAGGUACACGAUUGAGGAGAUUGAAGAGGCAACAAAUAUGUUUUCGGACUCUCUAAAGAUCGGCGAAGGAGGUUAUGGUCCAGUCUACAGAAGUGAAUUGGAUUGCACGCAGGUUGCUAUCAAGGUUUUGAAGCCAGAUGCAAAUCAAGGACGCGAGCAGUUUCAGCAGGAAGUUGAAGUGCUAAGUUGCAUAAGGCAUCCAAACAUGGUUUUGUUGCUGGGGGCAUGUCCAGAGUAUGGUUGUCUAGUGUAUGAGUACAUGGCGAAUGGAAGCUUGGAUGAUUGCUUGUUCAGGAGAGGAAAUUCUCGUCCACCUCUUCCAUGGCAGCUAAGAUUCCAAAUUGCUGCAGAGAUAGCAACAGGUCUGCUUUUCCUUCACCAGACAAAACCAGAGCCACUGGUCCACCGUGACCUAAAACCGGCCAACAUUCUGCUUGACCGCAACUACGUGAGCAAGAUCAGUGACGUGGGGUUGGCCAGGCUGGUGCCUCCUUCAGUUGCUGACACAGUCACUCAGUAUCGCAUGACUUCCACUGCUGGAACCUUCUGCUACAUCGACCCGGAGUACCAGCAAACGGGGAUGCUGGGAAUAAAAUCAGACAUAUACUCUCUGGGGAUCAUGCUUCUGCAAUUGGUGACGGCGAAGCCUCCGAUGGGUUUGACUCAUCAUGUUGCGAGAGCCAUCGAGAAGGGGACUUUUGCUGAGAUACUUGACCCAGCUGUUGAGGAUUGGCCAGUUGAACAUGCCUUGCAUUUCGCAAAGCUUUCCCUGGGAUGUGCUGAAAUGAGGAGAAAGGAUAGGCCUGAUCUUGGAAAAGUUGUCUUGCCUGAGCUCAAUAAGCUCAGGGCAUUUGCUGAACAAAACAUGUCGCCGAUGAUGAUAUUUGGACUUCGAAGUGGAGCUGGUGCAGGGUAUCUUCCAAGAAGCACCAACUCUUCCACACAUUCUGACGUGAGUGAGACAUCGUCUGGCUUCUCCGAAAAUGAAAGCCGCUCAAGCUCAUCAUCACAGGGGAGAAUAAAAUCACCAAGGAAUAGGAAUAGGAUGAUUUUGGAGAGAGGGGUUGUUGGGCUUGGAAUAGUAGCAGCCAUGAGUAUGACCAACAUCAACAACUCCACUGGUGUUGUUUCCUCUGCUAAACCUGCUGCCAACUUUCGUGGAACCACAAUCUAUGGUAUUUUCUAUGCUUCCCCUCUCAACACUGGAAACCGCUUUUUGUUUCCCACCCCUCAUUUUCUCAAUUCCUGCAACCUUUGCCACAAACAUCAUCAUGGAAUCGACAUCUUCAUUUACAGACAGGAGUUGUGUUGCAGAGGGGAGAAAGCGUUUUGUAGUGAAGAAUGCCGUGAGGCUCACAUUACAAAGUAUGAUCAUCAGCAAGAGAAGUACUACUCCACCUCUCCUCACAUCAAACCAAUUCUGCAGCACAAUAAUGGCCUCACGCCCACAUCAUCUACUAUGCCUAUGCCUGUGCCUAUUCUUGCAGCAUGA